AUGGCUUCACCUGCGGACGACGUUGGGCUGGCGGCGCUGCGGCGCCAAGUGCGCGGCGAGUUCGCGCAGCCGCUGAGCGCCCCCGCUCUGGCUGUGGAGCGCCUGCCCGAGGAGGUGGAGGAGGGCAACGUCGAGUACAAGCUGCAGCUGCUGGAGCCGGCGCCCGAGCGGUUGCGGCAGUUGACGACGCAGAUGCACUGGCGCCUGAACGAAGGGGGCGGCACCGCCUUCUACGAGCUCGGCGUGCGAGACAACGGGGAGCUGCUGGGGCUCUCGGAGGACGCGUUGCUGCGCUCGCUGGGCACGCUCGCUCGGAUGUGCCGUGUGGUGCACGCCGAGAUGACGCUGUCCGAGUUUAGAGCUGGACACGAUGCAGACCACCGCGCUGCGAGGAUCCAAGUCACGCGGGUGCUCAAGCACAACGCGGCCAAGCGGCUUCGUGUGUCGGUGAUUGGAGACUUUGAGAGCGGCAAGUCGACGCUGGUGGGGGUGUUGACGCGCGGCUGCCUAGACGACGGUGCCGGUCUCGCCAGGAUGCAGGUGUGUCGCCACCGCCACGAGCUGGAGAACGGCUGCACGUCGAGUGUCAGCGAGCACACGAUCGCAGUGGCCCCCGACGGCCACUUCCGCUGCACGGACGAACUGGCCACGUGCGACUUUGGCGACAGUGAUGAAGAGGCCGAGGAGCUGCAGGAGUCGAGGAGGCAGGAGAGCUUCAUCACGCUCAGCGAUCUGGCGGGGCACAAGAAAUACCUCAAGAGCACGGCGUCUGGGCUGGCUGGCCAGUUCCCGGACUACGCCAUGCUCGCGGUGGAUGCAGUCCGAGGUGUUCGGGACAUGACACGGGAGCACGUGAAGAUCGCUACUGCUCUGGAGGUCGCCAUUUUUGUGGUAAUAACCAAAACGGAUCGCGCGACCGAAGAGCGAAUACAGCAGUCGCUGGUUGAGGUUGCCGAUCUGUUAAAUGCUAAACUCACCACGGCGAGCACAAUACCAGUGUUCCGGGUCUCGAGCGUGGACGGUAGAGGUUUGGACGUGCUGCAAGGAUACUUGGCUGUUCUCGAGCCCAAGCGCGUGUGGGCUACCAAGGCAAAGACACCGGCGGAAUUCCAAGUCAGCCAAGCGUACGAUAUCGAGAACGAAGGCACGAUUGUAACAGGGCUUGUGCAGGCUGGGACGUUCUGCGUGGGCGAGCGAAUGCUGCUCGGACCUGACGCCCAUGGCACGUUUUGCGAUGUUGCAGUGGAGAGCAUCGAGGUGCAGCACAAGGCAGCGCAGAGCUUAAGCGCCGGCGAGACUGGCGCUGUGCUAAUCCGCUUCUGGUCUGCUGCUCAGCCUGCUCACCGCAUCCGGAAAGGCACCAUGCUCGUUCACCCAAGCGUUCGACCAAUGGCUACACGUCAGUUCGACGCAGAGCUGCACUUCUUGCCUGACGCUCACACGUUCCGCGAGAACUUCCAGGCGGUCAUCCACGCGGGUCAAGUUCGGCAGAUGGCGAAGAUCGUGCGAUUGGGAGACCCCAGUGGCUCAACCCCAAGCGUAUCAACCACGUCGCCGUCGACACUUCCGCCUACCACGACCAUGUGCCGCUUUGAGUUCAUGUACUGGCCAGAGUACAUCCGCCCAGACUUGCCGCUUGUCCUCCGCGAAGGCAGCACCCAAGCCGUCGGGCGGGUAGUGCGAGCCCUACCGUAUUUCCAAAAGGAACAGCGAGCAACCCGCGUCCCGUCCUGCUGA